UGUAACAAUCGCGUCGAAUGGAAAAUUAAACGCGCGCGAAGAAUUCGGAUCGAUCUCUUUAUCAAACAAACUGUAGCUGCGCAAUCUUGUCGUCGUUGCGGUGAAAAUGACGCCGAUCGGGGGAAAAUAACGACGCGAAUUCAAAUACGGUAGUUCAAAAGACUGUUUUGAAUUUCGAUUAAUUGCGGGACGUAGUAGCCGCGUAUUGGUUACCAACACCUACAUUCUCAAUCACGCGCAACUUCUGUUGUCGCUAAUUAUCGUUCAUUGUCAGUCGCUGAUAAUUACGAUUAAAACCGUCUCUUUCAUUAGUAGCGAAAUAUGCUUGUUUAGUUGGAUCAAUAAGUACCACGGUAAAUUUACACUUUUCCGUAAUUACAAUUCACUCGUGUGAAGCCAGGCGACAAUUUUUAUCCCAUGGCAAACUAGAAUUUGCAAACAGGACCAAGAUUCUGCAAAUAUUUUCACGCUGCUUUCGGCAUUAUUUUGUAUCGAUGUAUUCGAGUAAAGUUAAGUUCAGUUCACUGAUCGAAACAAACGAGCGUCCGUGCAAACGAUAUUUUCGGGAUUUCUAAAUAGUUAAAUUUUUUGUGAUGUUUGUCGUUGAUUCUUGGUAAUUGCUAGCGACGAUCUUGGAAAAUUUUAAGUCUACGUUUUCUUCUUCCGGGAACGCGCGAACGUUCAUUUUCCUAUCCACUCGUUUGUGGUUCGAUGGUGGUCGAAAUGACACGAAAGAUAAAUAGAGCCGCGAAAACGUUACCGAAGAAAAAAAUGCGAAAAUUCUGGCCGACGAAGAUCGUUGCAUUGAUUGUCUCGGCUAUUCAAGAUCUUCGCGAGACAAAGGGAUCAACGCCUAGUAAAAUUAUUGGCUAUAUCAGUUAUGGUUCUAACGUGGACGAUGGAAAGGUUAAGCGACAAGUAAAAUCAGUCUUGAAGAGAGGUUUAAAAUACGGUAUACUAAGAAGGUACCGAGGGCACUAUUUCCUUCCUACCUGCGACGAAUUAGACCGUGCAAAUCGUAUCGCCUUGAGAUUUGCUAAAUUACCGUUGCCCUCUGCAUAUUCCACGAAAUCGAACGUGCUAUUUCCCGGUAAAAUCGCACCAAUGGCAAGUCAGAGAAAGACGGGCAAGUCUAUCGCAAAAUUGCGAAGAACGAAACGACUUGGGAAACCUCGUCCAAUAUUAAUCUCUCCUACCACUAGUUUAACGAACGCAGUUUGCAACGCUGACGAAUUAUGAACAAUGGGUCGAAAUAUUUACUAGAAAAUUAAAGGAGAGC